AGCAAAGGGGACGGGGAUAGGCUGGUUGUUUUUAAUUUUCUGAGCCCCAGACGGGCCUCACGCCAGGCCCUUUUAGAAGUGGUGGGGAUAAAGUUCCCCUGCCGCAGAGAUCUUCCAGAACUGAACUUUGCCUCUUAAGUUUGCAUGGCUGCACCGUAUCUCUACCGGGAUCCUCUGAUCAGAUUAAGAGAGUCUCUGGAACGGCAGCUGUUGAGCUCAGGGUCCGUGUACCUCUCAAAACCCUGAACAGGUUGCUCAUGGGGAAAGGGAUUCCUGUUACCAAGUGUGUGGAUCACACCCAGAAAGAAGUAAAUCGGCAGAUCUAUGCUGGUCUUUGAACAAUAGAGAACCCACUGAGACUUCUGUCCACCUGCAGUGAAACAAGUUCACGUCGCUUAGCCAACUCUACUACUGGGACACCUUGAGAGCUGAAAAGGCGCCUCUAAGAUUCUCUGUGGUUAAAUCGAAAGAAUAGCACACGUUAAAGAAAAACAAAGUUCUCUCUGUUUUGCCUCCUGGAAAGAAGAAAAAGAGAUGUCUUCGGAAGACCUGGCGGAUAACCAUAACCAGGACCUCAUCAGCAACUUUUCCUAUGACAACUGGUACAUCUAUGAGCCAAUGGGAGAACUGGAUGACACGAAUCGUGAUGCCGUCUCAGCCUGCUACCCGACCAUCCCUUACGAUCUCUACCAUGCCUGCAUGGCUCCAGUAUCCCUGGUCAUAUUGCUGGUGCUCUCUCUGCUGGUAAAAAGGAAGCGCCUCUAUAAAAGUUGUUUGGACGGAGCUCCUGGUCUGUUGAGUCCCGUGAAUUUCUUAGAAGAGGAGGGAAACAAGGGAGUGAUAGUCGCCGUGUUCGGCAUCCUCUUCUCCUCCUUAUGCGUGCUGGUCCUAGAUGCUAACCCCCUGCCUUUCAUCUCCAGCUCCACUUCGCACAGUCGAGAGUAUUCGAAGAUCAUGGCUUUGCUCUAUUACCCUGCCUUCUACUACCCUUUAAUUGCAUGUGCUACAGUCCAACACAGAAUUGGGUACUUCUUUGGCUGCUUGCUGUCGUGGUGCCAUUGUGUGGGUCAUAUCUGGCAGAAGGUGGAAUGCCCCGAGUCACCCAAGAUUUAUAGGUACUAUUCCCUGCUCUCUUCCAUCCCAAUCAUUUUGUGCCUUGUGGUCUUGAGCCUCUGGUAUCCUAUACAGCUUGUUAAGAGUUUCCAGCAGAAGGAGAAGACGGCUGAGAAGGUGCUUGGAAAUGGAUAUUACAAAGAAUAUCUGAAGACUGUUCUGGCUAAAAGACCUCCAGAGGCAAGCAAAGCCAAGCCAGGUGUAUUGUCAAGACUCCAAUCAUAUUUGCGUUCUUACAUAUACACACCACAGGAAGGCUUCCGGAUCCCUCUGAAGUUAGUCCUCUCCGUGACCAUGGCAGUGCUCGCCAUUUACCAGGUGGCGCUUUUGCUUCUGGUGACGUUUGUCCCCAACAUCCAGAUAGUGAGGUCCGGCAUGACAAUGGACGUGACCGCCUUGCUGGUCCAGUUUGGCCUCGUCCCCACUGAAAACGCCGUGGGUCUCCCCGGAGACAAGGAGCUGGCGACAGCGAAGCACUAUAUCUGGGCCCUAGAAGUGUGUUUCGUCACCGCCCUUGUCGUCUCCUGCCUGUUGACUUUCAGCAUGCUGAUGAGGUCUCUGGUGAGGCACAGGAUCAACCUCCAGCGUCUGUACCGGGGGGCCGUUGUCAGUGUUUUCCAUCGUCCCCACAAGCUCCAGCUUUCUCCACAAGCCCUUGUUUGCUGGGUGUGUUUCACGGGCUUUCAGGCAGCCUUCGCCUGCUUGGGUCUACUCAUCCAGCAAAUCGUUUUUUUCAUCUGCACCGUGGCUUUCACGUUUCUUGUGAUUGUCCCUUUGCAAUCUGGCACCAACAUGUACCUCUUCAAGAUUGUGGAGAACAUGUGGGCCUUCUGGCUGACCUUGGUGGUAUCUGUCAUUGUUCAGAAUUUGCUGGCGCACUACUGUUUCCUUGAAAGAGGCCAUCUAUCAAGGGAGCUGACCAACAGACGGGCCUUGUACAUUGUGACCUACUUGCUCUUCCCACUGAAUGUGCUGGUGGGAGUCAUGGCCGGCAUCUGGAGGAUGGUGGUUUCUGCCCUUUACAAUAUCGUUCACUUCUGCCAGCUGGAUGUUAGCCUCCUCGGCCACGAGGCGGAGGCCUUUGAUUCAGGCUACCGCACUUAUUGUUACUACUUGAAAUUUGAGGUCAGUCAGUCACACCCGGCAAUGAAAGCUUUCUGCCUGCUACUCCUCCAAUCACAAAGCCCGUCGGGGGUGAAAGAACACCAGUUCAGCAAUAUAGAAGAAGGGGUGAUGCUGAUGAAGCAGCCGGCCUGCAAGGCCUCCCAUCGCAAGCAGAGCCGUGCCCGGUGGGGGCUGGCCUAUACCCUCCUCAACAACCCUUCGCUCCUGCCCUACCGGAAGGCGGUUCUGUUGAACGCCGCGGCCAAUGGGAUGCAAGCCAGCC